GCGGCCGGUGCGGCGCCACGUGCGGCGUGUCAGCAGCGCCAGCGCAUAUAUGCCGUGCGCGACGCCCUCGGCCGAUCACGUGGGCACAGCGGCGUAUGCGGAGCCCGGCGACGGCAUGUGGCUGCCGCAGAAUUCCGACGGGCCAGCACCGGUGACGUUCCUGGAUGACACGGUGGUGGGCACGCGGUUCAAGGCGCGCGGCGGCGCUGUCGUCGAUGCGUCGCUGGAGCAGAUCAAGCUCGGGUUGCGCGGACAGGCGGACAACACACGGCCCCGCCGGCCCAUGAGCGUGGUCAGCGACUCGGCCUAUGGCGGUGCCCAUACCGGCUGGGACUGGGGGGUGCCAGCGCAGGAGCUGGCGGCAGACGGAGCGAAGGAAGAGCAGCCGGCGGCAGACGAGGCAAGGGAAGGGCAGCCGGUGGCCACUUCAACCGCCUGUUCGCUCGACAUGUCGCGGAUGCUGGCGUCGCUUGGCAAUCCGGGGGCUCAGCCGCUGGCCAUCUCUCUUUGCGGCAUCCAGGCGCUGCAGUCGGCCGGCGACGCGGCAGCGCAAGCGCAGGUGUUUGCGGACAGUCAGGUGGAUGUGGCAGCGUUCAAGCGCGACGCCAUGGCCAUCGUCACCGAUCCGCACGCGGUGUUCCGCACCAGCGACGGGCAGUAUGCGCAGAGCGAGCCGCUGGUCGUGUCGUUGGUUGCGCGGCUGGCGUUUGGCGAGUCGCUCGGCGGGUUCGGUCUGGCCGAGGCCUCAGGCGCCGGAGCCCAGGGCAUUGUCACGAUGGCUGAGGCCGCCAAGGACAAGGGCGGCGGCAGCCAGGAGACUGCUGAUGAGAAGGACGGCUCCAGCAGCCAGCAGCCGGCCGAUGCCAAGGCUCCCAAGCCCGAAGGUGGCCGGCGGUGGUGGCCGUGGGGGCAGCGCAGCCCACCCACGCCCGUGGCACACGCCCAGACCAUGCCAGCUCCGGACCGCAUUGAGGAGGGGGCUCCGGCUCGCACUGGGGAGGGGGCUCCGGCCCCAGCCGACGCUAUUUCCAUAAAGAUCCCACCGCGCAGAGACAACUAUCAGCAACAACGACGACGAGGCGGUGGUACGCUGCGGCUGACAUCAGCGCAGCUCAAGUCGCUGGGACUGCAGCGCGGAGCCAACACGGUCAAGUUCCUGGUUCCGUCCAACAAGGCGUACUGCGAGGCCAAGAUCUUCUUCUACGGCAGCGACACGCACAUUGUGAUCUCGGACAUCGACGGCACCAUCACCAAAGACUGGACCCACGCGGGCGUGGCCAAGCUGUACACCGAUAUUGCCUGCAAUGGCUACGAGAUCCUUUAUCUGACAUCACGUGCCAUCGGGCAGGCUGCCGGCACACGGCUGUUCCUCGACAGCGUCAAGCAGGGCCAGUAUGCGCUGCCGAUGGGCCCACUGCUGCUGUCACCCGACCGCCUGUUCACAUCGUUCCACCGCGAGGUCAUCAUGCGGCGCCCGCAUCGAAAUCUGUUUGGCGGCGUCGCGCCCUUCUACGCCGGCUUCGGCAACCGCAUCACCGAUGCCAUGUCGUACCGCAGCGUCAACGUGCCGGUGUCGCGCAUCUGCACCAUCGACACUGCUGGCGAGGUCAAGCUGGAGCUUCUGCCCGGCUACCGCUCGUCCUACGUCAAAAUGAACGACCUGGUCGACAUGAUGUUUCCGCCCCUGGCCGCCAAGCUCGACCCCAAGUUCAACGACUGGGAGUUCUGGAAGACUUCCUCUGCCAUCGAGGCCCAGCUGGAGGCCGAGCAAGAGGAGGCCCGCCAGGCUGAGGAGCGUGACCGCCAGCGCCGUGCUGCCCAAGACGACGGCCGCAAAUCGCCGUCCAUCUUCACCCGCGCCACGCGCUCCACCCGUGCUGCCUCAUCUGUCCAGCCCUCUGACGCUGCAUUGCUGCUGCCGCCGCCCCCGAACCCUGCCACUGCUGAUGCCCGUCCUCGAGCCGACUCGUGGGCUCCACUGCCGCCCGCACCGUCGCCGCCCGUGCGCGCCGACUCGCCAGACCACUUGCCGCCGCCAGCUGCGUCCGAGACCGCCGCUGUGGAGCCGCCCAUCGGGGUCCUGCCUGCUGUGAGCCCUGACGCGACGCAGCAGCGUGUGCCGAGUGUGGCCAGCAGUACCGGCCGCAUGAGCAUGCUGCAGAAGGUCAACCCAUUCAACCUGGUCCUUCGCCAUCGCAGCAGUCGCUUGCCGACGACCCCAGGUGUUGCUGCUGCUGCUUCGCGCCUGGUGCCGCAGUUCUCCGCCGUCAGCAUUGAGUCAAAGAACCCCACCGAUGACGAGGACGAAUACAGUGACGCCGACGACGUCGAUUCUGAAAUCGAUGACGACGACGAUGACGAUGACGACGACGACGGCGAUGAAAUCGACCAGGAGACCAUGAACAUAAUCCACGACCUAGACGAAAUCCAGUACCUCUAACAAACUCCCG